AUGUAUUUUCAUAACGUGAAUAAGUUCAAUGCUCGAGCUAAUAAUAUUUCAGGAAAUUGUUUUCCUAUGACUUCAGAUUCCAAUUCAAUUGUAUUUAUAUGGACAUUCCGACCAUUGUUUAUAAUUCGAGACAAAGAUGUUUUCACAACAAAAGAUUAUCAAGUGGAAGUGAAUUUAAUAUUCUUUAACGAUGAAUUUGGAAUUGGUCUUUUUUUAUGUGGACUUGUUUUUCAAGCUAUUUCACAGAUAUAUCUUUUUUGUAAACAAUCUGGUCUCAGUCUUUAUAUCAUUCACUUUGUUCGAAUUUUAACAGCUGAAUAUCAGUACGUGCAAGAAAAUUUGAGUCAAGUAGUACGUAACUCGGUGGAUAAUAAAUUUGAUGAAGAAUUAAAACACGUUUUGAAACAGUAUAGUAUUAUAAUUCAGAUAUCCAAGGAAUUACCUAAACUUUUUUCUAUCAAUGUUACCACGACUUAUAUCAACUCUACCAUUAAACUAUCUAUUUUGGCAUACAAAGUUGUUCAUGGUUCCAAAGAUUUUUUCGAAAGACUUUUAGUAACAUUCUAUGCAUCAGGAAUAAUUACAGAAGUUUAUUUGAUGUGUGACAGCAUCGAUCUGCUCAAAGAAUCGAGUACAUCAAUUUUUGAUCAAGCUUUUCAUGAACCUUGGUAUAAACACAAUUUAUCAUUUAAAAAAAUUUUUUUAUUAAUGGUGUUAACAAAUAGAAUGGAAUGUCGAUUGACUACUUGUAAACCUACAGAUCUUACUUUACCUGCUCUCAAAACCAUUCUGAGUAAUGCAUAUUCCGCUGGUUUACUACUAAUGGGAAUGCAAUAAAAAUUUAUAAAAAAAUAACUGACUUUUUUACAUAAUAUACAUUCCUAAAGACUUACCUUGU